AAAAGCAGCUGGAUUUCCCUUCCCAAGCGCAGUCGCCCACAGACCGUGGCAAUAGCGGAGAACAAGGCUGUAGCUGUUGAACCACCUGGAAGCGAACUGAAGUUUCUGCCUAUCUCACAAAACCGUGCAAGGAUGGAGUUUCUCUGGCAUCUACUAAUGGCGAUUGGGAUCCUUGCAGGAACUGGGGUGUCUGAGAAAUGCACCCCACCAGCAGGGGGUCAGAACUUGGCGCUGGGACACCCGGCCAUUCAGUCAUCCACAUACGAUCAAUACGAGCCUGGAAAAGCCGUGGAUGGAAAACACAGUGGGAUUUUAAACGAUCACUCCUGCACCCAUACCCAGUGCGAGCAAGAGCCGUGGUGGAGGGUGGACUUGGGCGGUCGUAAGUCUGUCUCCACGGUGAUCGUGAAGAACAGGGAGGACUGCUGUGGGCAGAGACUCGAGGGGGCCCAGAUCCGUGUGGGAGACUCCCUGGACGACCAUGGCAAGCACAACCCCAUCUGCGGGACCAUCACCGACACCGGUCUGGGAUCCGUCAGCACCAUCUGCUGCAAGGGGCUGCAGGGCCGCUAUGUCACCAUUGUCAUCCCGGGCAGAAGGGGGAUUCUCACCCUGUGUGAGGUCGAGGUCAUAGCUCAGGACUGCACCCCACCACCCGGGGCUCGGAACGUGGCGCAGGGGCACCCAGCCACUCAGUCCUCCACAAACGAGGAAUUCGGGUCUGUAAAAGCCGGGGCUGAAAAGGCCGUGGAUGGAAAAUGCGAUGGGACUAUGACUCAUUACUCCUGCAUCCACACCAAGGACGAGAGAGAGCCGUGGUGGAGGGUGGACUUGGAAAGUCAGCAUUAUGUCUCCACGGUGAUUGUGAAGAACAGGGAGGACUGCUGUGGAGAGAGACUCGAGGGGGCCCAGAUCCACGUGGGAGACUCCAAGGAUGGCCACGGCAAGCACGACCCCAUCUGCGGGACCAUCACCGACACCACACCAGGAUCCGUCAGCACCAUCUGCUGCAAUGGGAUGAAGGGCCGUUACGUCACCAUCACCAUCCCAGACAGGGUGGCAAUUCUCACCCUGUGUGAGGUCGAGGUCUACGGCACCCAGGUGACGGAUGAGUGCUACUAAGCGGGAGUGACACAGUCCCUGGUGUGGGGAAGCACCUCGCCCUGCACUGGGGGCGGGAGCGGGGAGGUUGGUGCAGGAAUGAGCCGCUGUCACCUAAUAAACUCCACUGAUCCCUU